AAGUUCACAAGCAACAAUCGAUGACCCAGGCCCACAGCGAAGAUGACUCUUUCACAGUCCUUUGCGCUGCUUGUUGCAGCAAACUUCGUUGGAGUUGCCUUCGCUCAGCAACUGUCAGAGCAUCGAAAGCUAAACCGUAUCGUAGGGGGGCAAGCUAUUCCUGGUCAGUACAUCGUUCAGCUGGAUAAGCGUAUUCCGGAUUCGAAAGGAUUUGCCACCAAGGUACUAAAACGCGCGCUGAAGUCAAAGGUCAUUAACACUUACGACUAUGCGUUCAAGGGCUUUGCUGUCGCCAAUUUACCCGAUACAGUUCUGUCUGUUUUGCUGAAUCUCAACGAAGUCCGCGAUAUCUCCGAGGACGGUGUCGUGACAAUUGACGCCAUCCAGAGCAAACCAGUAUGGGGACUCGAUCACAUCGACGGCGUUGACGAUGACAUGUAUGAGUAUGCCUACACUGGUCUCGGCGUCGACGCAUACAUUAUUGACACUGGAAUUCUAGCCAGUCACGCGGAUCUAGAAGGUCGCGUGGCUUCCUGCAUCUCUUUCACCGGCGAAGCGUGUGGAUUUGAUCUGCACGGACACGGGACACACGUUGCUGGUACCGUCGGAUCCAAGACGUACGGUGUAGCCAAGCAAGUAUCGCUUCAUGACGUCAAAGUCCUUAACGUCAAUGGAACUGGAUCAUAUGCCAACGUCAUUGCUGCAGUAGAUCAUGUAACAAAGAUCAAGCAGGAAAAUAGUACAAGGAAGAUUGUUAUGAACCUGAGUCUCGGUGGUGGAAUAAGCACUGCCCUAAACACCGCCAUCAACUCGGCCGUUGACCAAGGAAUAGCUGUGGCGGUAGCGGCUGGUAAUAACAACCAGGAUGCUUGUAAUUACUCGCCAGCCUCGGCAUCGAAAGCGCUGACGGUCGGAGCAAUGACUAUCACGAACGCUCGCUCAUCUUUUUCGAAUUGGGGUAGCUGUGUUGAUAUUUUCGCACCGGGGUCUUCGAUUGUGUCUUUGUCAAGCACUGGCGGUACAAGCACAAAAGCAGGAACUUCCAUGGCCAGCCCUCACGUUGCCGGAGUUGCUGCCUUGUACUUGGAGGCAGGCAGGCCGGUAUCGAAAAUAGUUGCUGAUGCUGCUACAGAUCGUUUAUCAGAUUUAUCGAGUUCUUCGAACAGUCUAGUGAGUACCGCACUUCUUGGAGAAAGCAUUCCUCCUGUAAUUGCACCGACACAACAGCCUACUUUAGGACCCGCCAAAGAAUCAAUUUCACUAACCAAAGGACCGGCGCUAGUCCCAACAAGUGUCCCCGUCAGCCCUCCAUCGAAAGCCCCUGUCAGACCUCCAACGAAAGCCCCUGUCAGACCUCCAUCGAAAGCCCCGGUCAGACCUCCAACGAAAGCCCCGGUCAAGCCUCCCGUCAGAGCCCCUGUCAAACCUCCCGUCAGAGCCCCUAUCAAACCUCCUGUCAAACCUCCCGUCAGAGCCCCUGUCAAACCUCCCGUCAGAGCCCCGGUCGAACCUCCAGUCAGAGCCCCCGUGAGAGCCCCCGUCAAACCUCCAGUCAGAGCCCCUAUCAAACCUCCCGUCAGAGCCCCGGUCAAACCUCCUGUCAGAGCCCCGGUCAAAAACUAG